UUGGACGUUUAUCAAUGCACUAAGAUGGCUACCGCCGUAAAGCAGCAACUCAAUCAAUUAAUAAGUUUAUCACAUUCAAGUGGAUCCCAUAAAGAUGUCACAGAAAAGUAUAAAGCUAUACUUGAAAGUAUCAUAAAGACAGCAGGCAGUGAACUUGUCCCAUCUCUUCAAGCAUUCAUUGAAACUUUGGUGAGUGAAGGUGUGAGUCUUGUUAUUUCAAGACAAAUACUUACUGACUUUACUGCCCAGUUGGCUCGCAUGCCAGAUGCAGUGGCCAAAGAGAUAUCUCAUUACAUUCUUGAGAAGAUACAGGCUCGUGUCAUUUCAUUUGAGGAACAGGUCGCUGCAAUAAGACAACAUCUGGCAAGUAUUUAUGAAAGAGAGGAAAGCUGGAGAGAGGCUGCAAAUGUUUUAGUUGGUAUUCCUCUAGAGACAGGACAGAAGCAGUACAGUCCAGACUACAAACUAGAGACAUAUUUAAAAAUAGCCAGACUGUUUCUGGAAGAUGAAGAUGCUAACCAAGCUGAUGCUUACAUAAACAGAGCUUCAAUGUUGCAGGCUGAGUCCAAAAAUGAAGAGCUUCAAAUUUUGUACAAGGCUUGCUAUGCUAGAGUUUUGAAUUUUAGACGCAAAUUUAUUGAAGCAGCACAACGCUAUAAUGAGCUAUCUUUCAAGAGUAUUGUGUCAGAAGAAGAAAGAAUGACAGCUUUAAAAAAUGCUCUCAUUUGCACCGUUUUAGCAUCAGCAGGCCAGCAACGAUCACGAAUGUUAGCCACACUUUUUAAAGAUGAAAGAUGCCAACAGCUUCCUGCAUAUAGUAUUCUAGAAAAAAUGUAUUUAGACAGAAUAAUAAGAAGUACAGAUCUAGUGGAUUUCUCUGCCUUGUUACAACCCCACCAGAAAGCUAUUACACCUGAUGGCUCUACAAUAUUAAAUCGAGCUGUGACGGAACAUAAUCUUUUGUCUGCUAGUAAACUCUACAAUAACAUUUCCUUUGAAGAGCUUGGCUCACUGUUAGAGAUUCCACCUGCAAAGGCUGAAAAAAUUGCAUCCCAAAUGAUCACUGAAGGACGAAUGAAUGGUUAUGUUGAUCAAAUAGAUUCCACUGUACAUUUUGAAGCCAGGGAAACAUUACCAACUUGGGAUAGACAGAUUCAGAGCUUAUGUUUUCAAGUUAACAACAUCAUAGAGAAAAUAUCCACUGCGGAACCAGAGUGGUUUGCCAAGGCCAUGGAGACAUUUUCAGAUUAGAUACCUUUUCUGGCGUUGUGUUCCUAAGAAUAUUUGCAUUGAUUAGGUUCUUGAAUUCUUUGCUUUUGCUGCAGACAGUCCUGAUGCAGAACUAACCUGUAUGACUCAGAGGAAUGUACUUGCUGACAGCGUCAUGCAUGUUUGGCCUGUUUAUUUAUAUGGAUUAUGUCACCAAGAUAUUUUUUUAAUGGUUCCAAGUACAGAACCAGAAGUGAUUCAGACUAAAAACAAAAACUUUUGUCUGUUAAAGGAUGAAAUAAUCAUUUUGUUCAAAUAGGAUUUUGAAGAAAAAAAAUGUUAAGUGUUCAUACUGUAUGUAGUUUGUAUUAAACACCACAUAUAUUUGUGUUGGUGUUAAUUAGUUAUAUUAUUAUUCAAUUUCAUUGUUUUCGGUAUCACACAAAAGAAAAGCAGUAACUUCCCUUAGAAGUUCCUCUUAGAACCAUUUAGGCAGGUGAUGUCUAUGGCUACAGUACAAAAUAAUGACAGCCUUCUGCUACCUCUGGCCCAUACAUAAAAAAAAACAGUGAUUAUUAGCACCUUUUUUUUGCUGCUGUUGGAAGGUCUUUUUGGAAAUAUAAAGGCCAGUGCGUACAGAAUUGAACCAAAAAUCAUUUUCAAGGAUUUAAAAUUAACGUUUUUUUUUUACAACCAAAAUAUUAAAAUGAAAAAAAAACUCAAUAUUUUUCUAGAAAAAAAAAUGACCUAGUUCAAUAAAAUAUGUUUGUUCUACACUCUUACAA